AUGCGCAAUACCAUUGGCUUCGUCAUUGGGGCAUUGUUUGCAGGCCAGCUGAACACUGGCAUCAACGCCGCCUGGGUAUUAGUCAAGUUGGCCCAGAAUGACCAUUGGACGGCUCGGGUCCGUAACGAAGUUGACGCUGUUGCUGUCAGGUACAGGAAGUAUCAUGGCCAGCCCACUACCGAAGUACUUGGGUCUCUCACAUUGGACGAUUGGGAAUCAGAAUUUCCCAACAUCGGCUUGUGCUUCCAUGAAAGCAUUCGAUUGGCAUUGACCGGAAGCUCAUUUCGAAAGAACAUCUCUGGGCAGGAUAUCCCAAUUGGUAACUCAGGAGAAGUCAUCCCCCGCGAUGCUUAUGCAGCAUACCUUCACGAUGAGCUUCAUAUGAACCCCGAUGUCUACCCCAAUCCUACUGAGUUCGACCCCGGGAGGCAUCUGGAUGAGCGAGGCGAGGGCAAGAAUGUCCCUCAUGGCUACAUCGGAUGGGGUUCCGGCCUACACCCAUGCAUUGGCAUGAAGAUUGCCAAGACUGAAAUGACCAUUGUCUUGGCGUAUUUCAUAGCCAUGUUCGAAUUUGAGCUAUCUGACAAGCAUGGCAACAAGAUCAAUAGCGAGCCUUGUCGGAUCAAUCGCAAUGCAGAGCUUGCGGAAAAGCCACGUUCUCACAUAUAUCUUCGCUACAGACGCCGGUCGGCGUGA